CGCACCCACCUUCAUCCACCUUCAGCCUCCAGCUCACGACGACAACACAUCGAUACCCUCGGCCCACCGACGACUCACGACACGAUACGACCACCGUCUGAAUACUUGUACAUUAUAUGGGAUAGGAGCGACCAUCUUCUCAGCGCCGCCGUGUGUGCGCUCGUGGGCGAAUUGCGACCGUCUCACUUUCGACCCACCCAGCCCUUCGCUCAUCUCUCGCCGACGACGGACCCUCGAGCGAUUUUACGACUAGAAAACUUCAGCACAUCCUGAGCAGAGGAAGGACGCAUCUGGAUAUCUAGGAAAUCGGGGUCCCUCGCUGCGGGACGGGUUGCGGUGCAAUCGACUAGACCUUCGCUGCGUCUCGGACUGACCUUUGCCUUCGGUCCCACGACUGCAUCAACUUCACCCACGAAACGAACCAUCUCGGACUCUCUUUGAUACCACACUCUCCGCAGACAUUCCUAAUUCCGAACAAUUAGAUACCCUCGAUAUGCCUUCUGAUCAUCCACACACACCUGAAAGCCCUUCUCAACUCAAUUCUGGCGCUGGCGACCGUCAGACAAAAACUUCUACUUCUCCGCAUUUCACGAAUUCUCUUCCAACACCCGCACACAGCAUCAUAGGUGCAGAUAUGAUGGCGGAGGGAUUUGCGCAGGAUGAUUCUUCGAACAAGCGCAAGCGUGCUGCCGAGGACAAUGGUGAUCGAGGUCAGAAGAAGGUUCAUAUUGAAGACACAAGCAAGCUUCGUAUAGAAGACCUGCAUUUGGAUGUUGGUGAAAAGUAUCUCCUCUGCAGAACUCGUAAGGCUCCCUUUCCUCUACGAGAUCUGCUCUCGGUUUGGCCCAUACAACCAUGUGAAGUACUUGGUUAACAUGGACUUUAAUUUGUAGCACACCCUAGACAGAAGCCGCAACUUACUCAAGAUCUAUUUACACUUUACUCGUUGAAUGAUGUUGCAAAGGAAGUUGCACGCACGAAACCCGAUGGUACCAAAAACGGUCUACGAAAGUCUUACAAAAAUCAUUUGAAGGCAAUUAGUGGUGCAUUCGAUGCGGUCAAGAAGGAGGAAGACGCUCCAGACACACUUUUUGCAUUGUUGACACAACCAGAUGAUGUGUGGGAGGCAAACAAUGUUUUCGGACAAGAAAUUGGCAAGGGCUUGGGGGAGACUGUAUUGGCUGGCAUGGGACAGGCUUUGAAGAUGGCAAAGGGCAAGAUACCGAAGCGAGAUUGGAAUGAAGCAGUACUAGGGCCGCUACCUUUGCAGACUGCAGAGGCAGCGAACACCAUGCAGAACGGAUCAAGAACACCGGUCCCACAGAAUGCGGUAACCGCCCGUCCUGGGAUGAAGGGUGAGAUACCUCGUCCGAAACGUAACAUAAAAAAGCGAUCUUACGGGGACUCGAGUUUUGAAGGAUACGGCGAGGGAUUUGUAGAUGAUGAUGCUCAAGAGACGGGAUAUUCGACGGGCGAGGGAGAUGAUCGGGGGAACCGAAAGCGACCAAAGAAGGUUGGUUAUUUGAUGCUUGAUAUGUGGACACGGCUAAUCACAGUAAAAGACUGCUCCCAGCCACGGUUACCAAAGUUCUAUGCGACAAACCAGUUAUGACCCAAGAAUGGUAGGAGUAUGAAAUGCAUGAUUGGUUUGGGUUUUUCAAUAAUACUAAGGGGGUCGCGGGUUAAGGGGUACUGGCCGUGUAAUAAAAAAAGCGCAUGAAUGGCCUUGUGAGUGCAAAAUGGCAAGCUCGUUUGCAGGGAUAUGACGUGUAUCGGUGGCAUGCCGUCUGUUGCAGAGCGUAUUCAAGUCCAGGGCGAGGACCACGAGUCUACUCCUAAUGGAUGUACGAAGGCAUGCCAAAAUUUCGGUGGCCUCUGGCCUCUGGCGUUGCGACUUCAAUUUUAGCGGGAUAUGGCGUUAUAUAAAGGAUAGGGGGUUGACUGUAUUUACCUAGGUAAUUGACGGCCCCCGAAGAGAAAGAGAAAUGAAAAAAGAUGACCCUUUUGAA